AUGAUUAAAUUUGAGUAGAUUUUGGUCAAUUAUUCAAAUAAGAAGGCUCAAUUAUUUGGAAACAAUUCUUCCAAACUUUCAUCCUCAUUAUCAAUAACUAUAAAAAAAAUUUACGUUCUACCUAGAAUCACAAUAAUGGAGCAAGAAUAAUCAAUGACAGAGUAGAUUUUAAUAAAACCAUAUCAAGUAUUUGCUAAUGAAUUGUCAGAUUCAUUUUAUGUACCUUAUGUGUAGAAGAUAAUGAAUUACAUAUACUUUGAUUGGAAUAAAGGAAAAUGUUACUUACAAUCUGUAUUUUAGAAUUGUUACAUUUUAUAAACUGAAUUCCAUCUAAUAAGAUUAGACAGUACCUACCCUGACAUAGUGGAAGAUUAUACUUAAUUUAAAUUACUCCCAGAAUACAAAAUUGUGUGGAUCAAUUUAUGGAAAGGGAGGAAAUGA